CUCAGCAAUAAUAAGUUAUUUCCAAAAGCAAAAUAAGCGUUAAUUCCACUAACCGCUUAUUUUUAAGGAAUAAAAGCAAAGAGAAGAGUUGCCAACUUGUCACUGCAAGCAGCGCUGAAACGAGCCAGAAGAAGAAGAAAGGAUGACUUCUCUUCAUAUUGUUCUCUUCCCUUUCAUGUCUAAAGGCCACACAAUCCCAAUUCUCCACCUCGUCCACCUCCUUCUCCGCCGCCGCCGCAUCUCUCUUACCAUCUUCUCCACUCCGGCAAAUUCUCCCUUCAUCCGCCAAUUUCUUGCCGACACAGACUCCUCCGUCGUUCGCGUCAUCGAUCUCGACUUCCCUCAAAAUGUCCCCGAACUUCCACCAGGGGUCGAGAGCACUGAUCUACUUCCUUCCAUGUCUCUCUUUCUCCCUUUCUCAAAUGCUACCAAACUCAUGCAGCCCCACUUCGAACAAGCCCUUCAGAGUCUUCCAACUGUUAACUGCAUAAUCUCCGACGGCUUCCUCAGUUGGACUCUGCAGUCAGCGUCCAAAUUUGGUAUCCCCAGGCUCGUAUUCUACGGCAUGAGCAAUUAUGCCCUGAUCCUCAACCGCCUUGUGCGUCGGGAUCGUCUGCUUGUAAACAUUGAAUCAGAUGAUGAGCCCUUCAGCGUGCCUAGCUUCCCUUGGGUCAAACUCACCAGAAAUGGUUUUGAUUAUCCUCUCAGAGACCUUGACCAGAGGAAUCCCCUGCUUCAGUCAAUUGUAGAGCAUGCCAUGGCCACGUCCAACAGCCAGGGUCUCCUCGUCAACAGCUUCGACGAGCUGGAGUCAAUUUACCUAGACAGCUGGAACCGUGAGUUCCUGCCCAAGGCCUGGUGUGUGGGACCUCUAUGCUUGGCUGAAUCGCCGACCCCGACAGGAGUCCAGCCUCUCCAGAAACCUGCGUGGGUGCAAUGGCUCGAUAAGAAGUCAGCCGAGGGUCGGUCUGUCUUGUAUGUUGCUUUUGGGUCCCAAGCAGAGAUCUCGUCGGAGCAACUUCGAGAGAUCGCAAUUGGGUUGGAGCGGUCUAAAGUAGAUUUCUUGUGGGCCGUCAGACCGUAGGGAGCGGAAUUACAAGUCGAUGGAUUCGAGGAGAGGGUGAAAGACAGAGGACUAGUUGUAAGGGAGUGGGUGAAGCAAGGGGAGAUACUGGAGCACCAGAGCGUAAAUGGGUUCAUGAGUCACUGCGGUUGGAACUCGGUGUUGGAGAGUAUAUGUGCGUCGGUGCCGAUCCUGGCUUGGCCAAUGAUGGCGGACCAACACCUGAAUGCGAGGAUGGUAGUGGAUGAGAUCGGCGUGGGUCUAAGAGUUCUCGCAAACAAUGGUUCAUCAGUUCGAGGUUUCGUGGACUCAGAGAUGAUAGAGAAGAUGGUGAAGGAAUUAAUAGGGGGAGAAGACGGAGAGAGGGUGAGGAAGAAGGUGAAAGAGAUGCAGAAAACAGCUAGAAUGGCCAUGGAAGAAGGUGGGUCGUCAUGGCGCACGUUAGAUCAGCUCAUCGAUGAAACCUGCAAGAGAACGUGACUUGGCUGCAACUGGGUCUAUCGUAUCGUUGGCACGUCACGUUUCUCUCUUAAUAAAGUUGAAGCCUAAUUGGUAAGUUGUCAAACACAAUCUAAAAAUUUCAUCAGGUGCAACACUUAUUAAUAUAAGG